AGUGCAGCCCCCUCCUUGCAGACGGGUUGUGUUGCUGAUGUCACUGGGAGGUGCGGGGCUGGGAGCAGAGCAUUUCUCUUCUGCAUCUCACACAGGAAGGUUCCCUGCAGCUCCAACACAAAGUAUCAUGGCACCAACACCCAUCGCCCUCCUAGGGGCCCUUAGCCUGCUCUGCCUGCCUGGAGUAUUUUCUCAGGAUUGUGCAGCGUAUAUAGGGAAUGACCUUCGCUUUCACCAGGCUCAAACCUGCAUCCUGUCCUUCUGCUCAGGGACAUGUGUAGAGAGAUACUGCAGCAUUAUCCCAAUGGCUGCGCUGGACCAAGGCCAAUUCUUGUGUGUGGUGACAAAUUUCUGGGUGAUACUUGGAGCUGCCAUUGUAAUUGGCUUGAUAGUGGUUGCCGGAGUCGUUACGUGCAUCUGCAAAUCUUGCUGCGGUAUUCUAAACAUGUGUACGGGAGGAUCCAGACACACUCCAGUACGCACCAGUGUUCAAGUCACAAAUGUUAUUCCCCGCCAGCCUGUUAUGCCAGUGGUUGUACCAAUGGCCGCACAUGGAUACCAGCCUGUCAUGAACCCUCCUAUGUAUGCUGGACCUGCAAACAAAGGGUAUUUACCCCCACCCUACCCAGGUGAGGCUACAGCGCCACCUAGCUACCCAACUAGUCAGUGGUGAAGAGGCCAGAGGGUGUGAAAACCGGGCUUUUGUGGAAUAGGCUUAACCCCUAGAACCCUGCACUGUUGGAUACAACGCAGAAAAUGUACACUCUAUUUACGCAUGGGUUGUGGGCCUUUCUUUCUGUGGUCUGGAAUUUAACCACUUGAAACAGUUUAUUAGCAAUUUGUGGCUGUCUAGUUUUCUAUAAUGUGUUAUAAGUUCAACUAUAAAAUAGCAUUUAAACAUUUGCCCCUGAUGUUGUGCACUGUGCUAUACUGUGCUGCUAGCGGACAUUUUACUGUGAGGCAUUGUCAUUUCAAUUACAGACUGGUACUACGGCACAA